UAAACACACGGCAGAUUUAAAAAAAAAAUAGAAAACUGUAUUCUUAAAAAAAAUGUAUACAAUAAAAAUAUUUAUUUUAAUUUUAAAAUAUAUCUAAAAAUUUUCCAAUUAAAAAAUGAGUAAAGCCCAUGAGCUGUUCUUAAAGCCGACGAGCAUUGUGUAAAUAGUUCUGAUAGACACGACGUCGUAGCGACACUAGUUUGCCUGUUAACCGCACUGAAAAGAAAUACAUCAACAGCUUCACCAAAGCUACUAAACCCUUAAAACUCCUAAAACCCCUAAGAUCCUUUCCUGUCAUUUAUCACUUCAAAAUUGCCGGGAAAAUAAACCUAACGGUUCUCAAAACCCUAAUUUCUAUCAUUCGCUCAAUUUGAUUUAAAUAUAUAUCUCAAAUCCAGUAAAUUUCCCGGGAAACAAAGAAAAUUCCAUGCUUAGCAAAUGGAGACAUCCUCUCCAGUUUUUUUCUCAUUUAAAAUCUCAUCAAAUUCUCGUUUCUUUAUCUUCUCUCGUGCUCUCUAAAUCUUCCUCCGUCUCGACCGCCGCCGCCUCUAUUGUCGUCGAUAGACCCGGAACCACUCCUUCUGUUACUCCAGACCCCGGAGACCCUGUUCCCGUGAUUCUGUCUGGUCUUAAGUAUUCAGUGUUUAAGAGAUUUAUGGAUCAGUGUUUAUUUAAAGAAAAGAUCUUUAUGCUUAAUCAUUCUCAGGUUGAUCAAAUAAUUGAGCAUUUGAAUGUUGAGGAUGCUGAUUCUGCUGUGGAUUUUUAUUAUUUGUUGAGUAAUGAAUUUGGUUUCCAACAUUCUAGAUUUUCUAGACUUGUUGUCUCGCACGUUUUGGCUAGAAAGAAAAGAUUAAAUGAGUUGCGAUUGGUUUUGGAUCAAAUGCUGCUACAUGAAGGCUCUGGGUCAGCUCCUUCCCUUUGUGAACUGCUUUUGGGUAGCUUCAGGAGCUGGGAUUCAAGUAAUGUUGUGUGGGAUAUGUUGGCUUGUGCUUAUUCAAGAUCUGCGAUGGUGCAUGAUGCUCUAUUUGUUCUUGUGAAGAUGAAAGACCUCAACUUUAUAGUUUCAAUACAAACGUAUAACAGUUUGUUGUAUAAUCUGAGACAUUCUAAUAUUAUGUGGGAUGUGUAUAAUGAAAUCAAAGUUAGCGGCGCUCCUCAGAGUGAGUACACUAGUUCCAUUGUUGUGGAUGGCUUAUGCAGGCAGUCUAGGUUUCAAGAUGCUGUUUUGUUCUUUCAGGAUACCGAAGGGAAGGAGUUUCAGCCUUCUGUUGUUUCAUUUAAUACCAUCAUGUCAAGGUAUUGUAAAUUGGGUUUUGUAGAUGUUGCCAAGUCAUUUUUCUGUAUGAUGCUCAAGCAUGGACUUCUUCCUGAUGCAUACAGUUAUAAUAUUCUUAUUCAUGGGUUAUGCAUAGCGGGUUCCAUGGGAGAAGCUUUGGAUUUAAAAAAUGAUAUGGAGAACCAUGGGCUAGAGCCUGAUAUGGUGACAUACAACAUUCUUGCUAAAGGGUUUCGUCUACUAGGUCUGAUUAACGGGGCCUGGAAUAUCAUUCAGAAGAUGUUAAUUAAAGGGCCAAAUCCAAAUCUUGUUACAUAUACUGUACUUAUAUGUGGGCACUGCCAGAUAGGAAAUGUUGAGGAAGCAUUAAAGUUGUAUAAAGAGAUGAUUUCACAUGGUUUUCAGUUGAGUAUCAUCUCAUCUACAGUAUUGCUUGGUAGCUUGUGUAAAAGCGGACAAGUAGAUGUGGCAUUCAAAUUAUUUUGUGAAAUGGAAGCCAAUGGCUUGCGACCAGAUCUCAUAACGUAUUCUACCCUCAUUCAUGGCCUGUGUAAGCAAGGAGAAGUCCAGCAAGCUAUCCUGCUAUAUGAAAAGAUGUGUUCGAACAGAAUCAUUCCGAAUUCUUUAAUACACGGCGCUAUUUUGAUGGGUCUUUGUGAGAAAGGUAAGAUAUCACAGGCCAGAAUGUAUUUUGAUUAUCUGAUAACAAGCAAUUUGUCAUUGGAUAUUAUUCUGUACAAUAUUAUGAUUGAUGGGUACAUAAAACGUGGUAAUACUAGGGAGGCUGUAAAAUUAUACAAACAAUUAGGAGAGAAAGGGAUAUCUCCUACCAUAGUCACUUUCAAUUCUCUUAUGUAUGGAUUCUGCAUAAAUAGAAAGCUAUCUCAGGCUAGGAGGUUGUUGGAUACAAUAAAGCUGCAUGGAUUGGAACCAAAUGCAGUAACUUAUACCACUCUUAUGAAUGUAUACUGUGAAGAGGGUAAUAUGCAGAGCUUGCUUGAGUUGCUGUCUGAAAUGAAAGCGAAAGCUAUAGGACCAACUCAUAUCACAUACACUGUAGUAAUCAAAGGACUUUGCAAACAGUGGAAGUUGCAAGAAUCUUGCCAGUUACUUGAGGAUAUGGAUGCUGUGGGUCUUACCCCAGAUCAAGUCUCAUAUAAUACCAUAAUCCAAGCAUUUUGCAAGGCCAGAGACAUGAGAAAAGCCUUUCAGUUAUAUGAUAAGAUGUUGCUGCAUAACCUUGAGCCUACAUCAGUUACAUACAAUAUUCUCAUAAAUGGCUUUUGUGUUUAUGGUGAUCUAAAGGAUGCUGACAAUCUAUUGGUUUCUCUUCAGAACCGAAAAGUCAACCUGAAUAAAUAUGCUUACACUACAAUAAUCAAGGCACAUUGUGCCAAAGGUGAUGUUGAUAAAGCAGUGGUAUACUUCCGCCAAAUGGUGGAAAAGGGGUUUGAAGUUUCAAUCAGAGAUUAUAGUGCUGUGAUUGGCAGAUUAUGCAAACGAUGUUUAGUAACUGAAGCCAAGUACUUUUUCUGCAUGAUGCUAUCUGAUGGAGUAUGUCCUGAUCAAGACCUUUUUGAGGUAUUGCUUAAUGCUUUCCACCAAUGUGGCCAUCUCAACUCAGAGUUUGAAUUACUGGCUGAAAUGAUAAAAUCUGGCUGGCUUUAUGAGUAGUCAAUGAAAAGGUAACCCAUUCUCAUUCAUCACGUCAGCAGAAAGAGCUAUCUGAUGGCCUUAUUGACCUAUAUGCCAUGUUCAUUGCAUGAGCAGGCUUACUCGAAUUCCUGGGAUAAUAGGUGUUCCAAGAACAAUGCAAUUCUUGUCACAAUAUCUUACAUAAGGGUAAUGAGUUUGUAUAUGAACUGUGAAGAAGCAUCUCAAAUCGUUUAAAUACAAUGUAGCAAUAUGGAACUUCAAAGCUACAGGAGUAUUCUGAUGACAUCCAUCACUCUGAAGUUUCAUUUCAUAUAAUUUCUGCCUAGACGAUAUCUCCAUCUGAAUUGUUACAGCAUCUGCUGCCAUAAGAGUGAAAGUUCCAUUUACUGCUUCCAUAUGAUCUUGGACAGCAUAAGGAAGAAAGGUUAUAUAGGUGACAUUCAUCGACUUGGUUGUUUUUCGGAUGUGCUAAAUCACACCAAGUGGAUGUGAGUUUGGCCAAUCUUUAUAGUAGCAAAAUCCUCUAGAAGAGGGUGAUGGUGGUGCAAGACCUCAUUUCACAUGGGUUGACCAACCCAGUAGACUUGUGUGUAUGAUUAACGGAAAUUGGAAUGGGAUACAUGCAAGCUGCCUCUCUUGUUGUGGGUUUCCGUUGCAUGUGGCGUAGCAGUUCAUCAACUUACUUCAGAAGCACAAAGAAGAAUACUCUGUUCUUGUGAGCAAUGGAAAAUCAAAAGCGAUGUACGCAAGCUGCUUUUCUUCUGGGUCAUCAUUGCAUUUAGCCAAGCUGUUCAUAAAAUAUUUUUAGAGGCAACACUGCAGAAGUUCAGUCAUGUGCCCUUAUAAAUAAUCUUGUACCUUCUAUGUACGCUGGUAAAUAAAAUUCCUAAGUCAUCCAAUCUUUUCACUAAUGUAUAAUAAAAUCAGGAAUUGUGCACCUCCAUUUGUGCAAAUGAAACGACGUAAGUUUUGAGUUUUACCAAAGUGUAUGGAAGACGGUUAUAAAGAGAUCUUUCCCCCUCUUCA